GCGCAUUUUCUAUCUUCCUCACUGCAAUUGCUCAGUACAUAUGCCGACUUUAUGUCCGGGAAUGCCAUCGAAAUAGUCUUGACGUCACCGGUUAUAUCGGACUUUACAUUUGGAUGGCGAGUACAUCUCUACUUUUCAGCCUUUUUUAUACAUGAACCCCUUUCAGCCAAAACAUCUUUGCAUAUAAAACCCAGAGAGCUUAUCGGAUCGAAACAUCACAAACCACAAACCAUCGAAAUGGCAACUCAAACUCAAAAAUACAACAAGCUAGCGGGCAAGCGUGUCGUGAUCAUUGGCGGAACAUCCGGAAUCGGUUACGCAGUAGCAGAAGCCUGCAUCGAAUCCUCCUUCUCGCACGUAACCGUCUCCUCAUCCUCCGCCUCCCGCGUCCAAACCGCCAUCUCCAACCUCCAGAAAUCUUACCCGUCGACCAGCUGCACCAUCUCGGGCCACACAUGUGACCUUUCCACUCCCGACCUCGAAACUUCCAUCGAGGCUCUGUUUUCUAAAACUGGAAACGUAGACCACAUCGUCUUUACGGCAGGCGAUAAGUUGGCUAUUUACCCUAUUGAGGAGAUCAACUACGAGAGGAUCCUGAAAGCGGGACAAGUCCGCUUCGUCGCUCCGUUGUUGGUCGCAAAGGUGGGGAAGAAGUAUCUGAAUGCGGGGCCCGAGAGCAGUAUUGUAUUGACGACGGGAGCUGGUGCUGAGAGGCCGUAUGCAAAUUGGUCCAUAGUAACUCCCUACCUCUCAGGUCUCUACGGCAUGACCCGCGCCCUGGCGAUUGAUUUGAAGCCCGUUCGCGUCAACCUGGUUAGUCCGGGCGCUGUCGACACAGAGCUUUGGAAGGAUUUCAGUGCAGAGGAGAAAGAAAAGUUCUUUAAGGAGGUGGGAGAGAAAGUUCCUACGGGGAGGAUUGGGAGACCGGAGGAUGUUGCGGAAGCUUAUUUGUGGCUGAUGAAGGAUAGUAAUACUACUGGUGUUGUUGCUUCUACGACUGCGGGUAAUUUGUUGGUUUAACCUAAAGUUCGCCGUAUAUCAAGAAGAGCAGUAGCAUGCAGUUUACCUUUUUGCCAAAGUAGAUCCUUUU